AUGAAAGACACGAUCGAGCAACCGGACAACAGCGUUUUAAAGCACGGAUACCUGCUCAAACAAAGCGAAGUUCUAAAACAGUGGCAUCUGAGAUAUUUUGUGCUCAGCAAAGAAUGCUUGUGUUAUUAUCGGAGCGAACAGGAGGCAAGAGAAGAUCAGAGCGCUCCUAAAGAGCUUAUUUUCUUUAAUGACAUGUCGCUGUACAUAGACGAACUCCCAGACAAGCAAACGAAGUACUGUUUGAAGAUCGUAAAGAGAUCCCUUUCGCCCAAGGUACCAACUCGAACUGUCCUUCUCUGCUGUUUUUGCGAACACGAAAGAAAUGAAUGGCUGUCGCAGAUUCUCCAUGCAAAAGCAUUCGAUCUGGUUGUUGAUCCGACUGCAUGGAUCGGAAAUGAGGACUCUUCGGUCGGCGAUGUCUUUGAUAUGAACCAUGAACAAGAGAGUUCAGUACGAGCAGACAAGCUUGCCACAGCAAAAGAGGUUUUUCGAAAAUGCCGCCGUAAGCUUUCCCUGGGUGCGAACCCAAGAGGGGAUUCCGCUCCGAGCAGCUUGUUUCCAGAUGACUCGAACUUAUAUAAAAGACGAAAAUCACUAACAGUAGAUCCAGAAUGGAGAAAAGCAUUGAUGGCUAUUUAA